AUGGUCCAUCUCAGCGCCGUCAACCGCUCCGCCUCGGUCAGUCCCGGCCCCCAGAUGGCCCCGGCUGGAGGCUCCAGCUCGCUUCACCCCGACCAGGGCCUGCACAAGAGCCUCUCGCAGGUCAAGCUGUCCAGCUACCAGGACGAGUUCACCACCAGCGUCUACGGCUCGCAGUUUGCCGGCCAGGACCUGCCCAAGCACAGCAUCCCCGGCGGCGCAAUGCCCAAGGACGUGGCCUACCACAUGAUCAAGGACCACCUCAGCUUGGACAACAACCCGAAGCUCAACCUGGCUUCCUUUGUCACAACUUUCAUGGAAGACGAGGCCGAGAAGCUCAUGACCGAGGCCUUCUCCAAAAACUUCAUCGACUACGAGGAGUACCCUCAGUCCGCCGACAUCCAGAACCGCUGCGUCAACAUGAUUGGUGAGCUCUUCCACGCUCCUCCUGGCGGCGACAGCGUCGGCACGUCCUGCAUCGGCUCCUCCGAGGCCAUCAUGCUCGGCGUCCUGGCCAUGAAGCGCCGCUGGAAGCUCAAGCGCCAGGCCGAGGGCAAGCCCACCGACAAGCCAAACAUCAUCAUGUCCUCCGCCGUGCAGGUCUGCUGGGAAAAGGCCGCGCGCUACUUUGAGGUCGAGGAGAAGUAUGUCUACUGCACGCCGGACCGGUACACGAUUGAUCCUCAGGAGGCUGUCGACCUGGUGGAUGAAAACACCAUUGGUAUUGCCGUCAUUCUGGGAACGACUUACACCGGCCACUAUGAGGAUGUCAAGAGCAUCAACGACCUCUUGGAGGAGAAGGGGCUGGAUGUGUCAAUCCACGUCGAUGCUGCCAGCGGAGGCUUCGUCGCCCCCUUUGUGCUGCCCGACCUCGAGUGGGAUUUCAGAUUGCCCAGAGUCGUCUCCAUCAACGCCUCUGGCCACAAGUACGGCCUCGUCUACCCCGGUGUUGGCUGGGUCAUCUGGCGCUCGCACGAAUACCUCCCCCAGGACCUCAUCUUCAACAUCAACUACCUCGGCGCCGAGCAGUCCUCCUUCACCCUCAACUUCUCCAAGGGCGCCUCCCAGGUCAUCGGCCAAUACUACCAGUUCAUCCGCCUCGGCAAGAAGGGCUACGAGGCCAUCAUGAGCAACCUGACCCGCACCGCCGACUACCUUACCGAAGUCCUCGAGCACGACGGCUUCGUCAUCAUGUCCGAGCGCGGCGGCCAGGGCCUGCCCCUCGUGGCUUUCCGCUUCAAAAACGCCUCUGAGGGCGGCAAGGACCGUCAUUACGACGAGUUUGCGCUGGCGCACCACCUGCGCUCCAGGGGCUGGGUCGUGCCCGCGUACACGAUGGCGCCGCAUACCGAGGGGCUCAAGAUGCUGCGUGUUGUUGUGCGCGAGGACUUUUCCAAGAGCAGAUGCGAUUUGCUCAUCCACGAUAUUAAACUCUGCGUGGGACUGCUGGACAAUGCGGAUGAGGAGACGAUCAAGAGACAGGAGGCCUUUAUCCGGGACCACGUUGCGUCGCAUGGCAAGAGCAAGCAGAAUGCCAGACACCAUGCCUCGAAGCACUACAAGGGCGAGGACCACUCGUUGCAGGGCAAGCAUGGCAAGACACAUGCCAUUUGCUAA